GGAGACCAAAACAAUGGAAUCCUAAAUUCAGAUUUCAGAAUCUGCAACUCCGCCGGAAAUUCGAAACCAUGUGGAGGAACUCUGCGAUUUCGAGUUUCUCUUCGAAGCUUCUUUACGCCUCCAAUCCUAAUUAUCAUUACGCAUCGUCUUCAUCCAUUUUCACCGUUGACGGCGUCCGAUCGGUACUCUCUCCUUCUCAAUAUCAGUGUCAACGGUCAUCCACGUCAUCUGCAGCACAAUCUCCUUCCUCAUUAACUAAGUUAGGGUUUCUCAACAGUGGAACCGAUGCGAUUCAGCCUUUGGCGUCUAAGGCUAGAGAUGCCGUCCAUAUCGCUCGCCACUAUGGUCGCUGCUAUUGGGAGCUCUCGAAGGCUCGUCUCAGUAUGCUCGUAGUGGCUACUUCAGGGACUGGAUAUGUGCUGGGAAGUGGAAAUGCCAUUGAUUUUGCGGGACUUUGUUGGACUUGUGCUGGAACCAUGAUGGUUGCUGCUUCAGCUAACUCCUUGAAUCAGGUGUUUGAGAUCAGUAAUGAUGCCAAAAUGAAGAGAACAAGACAAAGACCACUCCCUUCUGGGCGUAUCACUGCAGCACAUGCAAUCACCUGGGCAUCUUCUGUUGGUUUAGCUGGCACUGCUCUAUUGAUAUGCAAGGCUAAUAUGUUGGCGGCUGGACUAGCAGCUUCUAAUCUUGUUCUCUAUGCAUUUGCCUAUACUCCAUUGAAGCAGAUUCACCCCAUCAACACAUGGGUGGGGGCUGUUGUUGGUGCUAUUCCACCUCUCCUUGGGUGGGCUGCGGCUUCAGGCCAGGUUUCCCUUAAUGGAAUGAUUCUUCCAGCAGCUCUUUACUUUUGGCAGAUUCCCCAUUUUAUGGCCCUAGCAUACUUGUGCCGUGAUGAUUAUGUUGCUGGAGGGUAUAGAAUGUUCUCUCUAGCUGAUGCUUCUGGUCGGAGAACAGCUGCAGUGGCUCUAAGGAACUGCCUCUAUCUUGUCCCUUUGGGGUUCAUAGCCUAUGAUUGGGGCCUGGCAUCUGGUUGGUUUUGUCUUGAAUCCACAUUCAUUACUCUUGCAAUAAGUGCCACAGCAAUUUCAUUCUACAGGGACCGGACCACUCAAAAAGCCAGGAAAAUGUUUUAUGCUAGCCUUCUUUAUCUCCCUGUAUUUAUGUCUGGGCUUCUAUUUCAUAGAAUCUCUGAUAACCAGCAACUUCUUGCGGACAGUUCAAAAGUGGUUGAUGAACUUUCAUCAUCGGAAAAUAUUGUACAAGAGAGUGAAGGUGCCAAUCGUAAGGUGUGGAGGCAGUCUACUGGUGGGCCACAAGCACGGCCACCUGUAGCAUUUGCUUCUGUUGCACCAUUCCCGUUUCUUCCUGCUCCUUCAUAUUCAACUCCGUGAUGUAUAAUAUCUAUUGUGCCUCAGAAUUUUGUAUCUUGAAUUUCGGACAUUCCUUUCUAAACCAUUUUCGCCUUUAAAGUUUAGCUUAGUUUUCUUCACCCAUUUUCAAGUGCAAUAAUCCAAGUUCCAUAUGCAAAUUUUCAUAAAUUUUCAGAUACACCGGUCUGAUUAGAACAAUGACCCAUGAGAAAUAAAAUUGUUCAUCUUGU